UCCGGACUGUGCGGCGCCAGGGCCCCUAUAAAGCACGGCACUGAUUCGGGGGCCCAGUGCCUGGCGCUGCCCCACUAUGGCACCUUGUCCACCACCGCCACCACCACCGCUGCUGCUGCUGCUGCUACUGCUCCUGAUGCUCAGGGGCACCACUGCACGCCCUGCCUUGCCCAGGGCUGCACGGCACUCGGAUGGGACAUUCACUAGUGAGCUCAGCCGCCUGCGGGACAGCGCCCGGCUGCAGCGCCUGCUGCAGGGCCUGGUGGGCAAGCGCAGCGAGCAGGACACAGAGAACAGCACCGCUGGGUCCAAGCCUGUGGACGGCCCCUUGUGCCUGCUGUGGCUGGACACACGUACCCCGCAGGCCUGGAGGCCCCUGGGGCGCCCCCUGGGCCGUGCCGCGUCUCCCUGGCUGCCUCCUGGGACCAGGCCCGGGGCCGAAUUUUCAGAGCUGGCUGGAACCACCCAGCGCCCUGAUGAAGAGGAGGAAGAGGAGCCCAGCCACUGGCAGGGGGCAGGGGCGGGGGCAGGGGCGGGCUGCACCUGACGCCAAUAAAGGAAGGAGU